AUUGAUUGAGAAUUCGUAGAGAGAGAAAGAGAGAGAAUCCCGUGUUCUCCGAGAAAAGAGGAAAUUGCGUUGGGCGGGAACGGUUCGCCUCUGCCGGAGGCCGUAGAGCAAUCUUCAUCAAGCAAGUAAAACCUAGUAUUUCUGCCUACAUUUGUUAUCGAUUGAUUACAGGUCCAGUUUCUAGAGAGAAAGAUUAAUCCAUCUUUCUUUUUGGGUGAUUAAGAAAUAACUUCGCCUUCGCCGUUUUGGUAAGACCAACAACUUUAACAUUUGGUUAGUCGGGCUGUCAAUAGCCAGUUUGUUGGCAGCCCAAACUUCAGGAAUCAAAUUCCAAAAAGGAAACCUUAGCACAGGUAAGUCCUUUGGUUGGGUUACUAAAUCGAUCUUGGUGCUGUUGAAGUUUUCUCAUUCUCGUCAUGAGUUCCUUUUCUGGUCUCCAAAGGCCAGUGUUUGCAGCUGCAGCUGUUGCAGUAGCAUCUGUUUCUGCUGAGCUUCAUGAGAAGUUUAGGUUUUCGGGUGAUGUUCUCUCUUCAAAAGAAUUGAGUUCAAUUUCCAAGAUGUCGGAAGCCAAUGAGACUUCAUGGGUGUCUCACAUAUCCGUUUCAAAGUUUACAGAUUUAUCAUUCGUGUCCAAAAUUCGUAUCCCUGUUCCUGAAAUUAGACAACCCACUGGGAAUGCACGUCAGUAUUUGGUUUCUAAUGUUUGUUGGAAAACUAUGUCAGCAUCUCCAUGCAGUCUUGUCAACUCUUAUCAAUCUGCAGAGUUAGCAAAAUCUGCAAAACCAACUGCUGUAGGGAAUACUAUUCUCAAAUUUACACCAUCAUCAGAAGUUCUCUACAGAUGGCAUCUACCGGAAAUUAAUGCAGUUCAUAUCUCUGGGAAUUCUGACUGCCUUCAAGAAAAGUCCAAGACUGUUGUUGUUUUGCUUGGAUGGCUAGGCUCGAAGCAGAAACAUCUUAGCAAAUAUGCUGAGUGGUAUACUGACAAAGGGUUUCACGUCAUUACAUUCACUUUUCCAAUGGCUGAAAUUCUCAGUUAUAAGGUUGGUGGGAAAGCAGAAGAGCAAGUUGAACUGCUUACUAAACAUCUUGUGGAAUGGCUGGAAGAGGAGCAUGAAAAAAAUAUAGUUUUUCAUACUUUUAGCAACACAGGGUGGUUGACGUAUGGAGUUAUUCUUGAAAAGUUACAAAAUAUUGAUGUCUCUCUAAUGGGAAGGAUCAAGGGUUGUAUUGUAGAUUCUGCUCCUGUAGCAUCCCCUGAUCCACAGGUCUGGGCUUCUGGCUUUUCGGCUGCACUUUUAAAAAAGAAUAGUGUCGCCACUAAAGGAUCCACAAACUCAAACGUGGAUGUCAAUCCCAGAACAGUCUCUGAAACCAAACCCGCAAUUUCAGAGGCAGCAUUGUUACUGGUAUUGGAGAAGUUCUUCAACGUUGUCUUGAAUCUUCCUACAAUUCAUAGGAGACUUUUGGAUGUGAUGGGUCGGUUAUCAUCCCAACAACCGAGCUGCCCACAGUUAUACAUCUACAGCUCUGCAGACAGAGUUAUUCCUGUAAGAUCAGUAGAAAUGUUUAUAGAAGAACAACGCAAAACCGGGCAUGAAGUGAGAGCUUGCAAUUUCAUCUCGACACCCCAUGUUGAUCAUUUCAGAAAUAAUCCAAUUCUUUACACUUCGCAGCUAACCCAAUUCUUCGACGAUUGUGUGCUUGACUGUUGCAACAACAAUAAGCGCACUUCGUAAAUAUAACAAAAAAAAAAUAUACAAAUCUCUACAUUGAUUUUCUUUAUUGUUGGAAGAGUCCGCGAAGGACAUAAAAUUUAGUUUUACAUUGCUAUUUUUUCAUUGUAGUUUGUAGUUACAAAUUACAAAGACUGAAUGACUAAUCAUCAGCUCAUAGAAAAAUUUGAGAUUUUGUUACUUAUUCUUUUAAUGCCGUAUUCUCAAGUUUAAUAUUUUCUGUA